ACACCAGGUCUUCAGUCCAAUGGACAAGCUAUCCCACCGACGCCUCAUCCCAUAGGAUAGAGGAGUAUUCAAUCUUAUCAAUCUACAAUCCCAGACAGAUUUGUUAAUCAACCUACACUGUAUGACAAAAUCUCAACUGGAUAAGAAACAGGAUGCUGAAAGUGAUUUCCUACGGACAAACUACAGACGGCUUCACAUCAUCCUAGCAGACCAGUGUCUACUUCAAAAGAAAGAUGAGGCUGGUCUCUGCUCAGUUUGGACUAUUGGUGGUUUGGAUCAUCGGCUCCUGGGGUUGGUUAAGUAAUAAAUGUGUCCUCUAUGACAAUAAAUGUAAUUACUGGCUAUCCAUUCACUCCAGUUCCUGCCCUCAAAGCAACCUAACUGCCGUUUGCUGGGAUUUAUCUGAACUCAACCAUUCCAUUGUUCCGUCAAACUACCAGGUUCUCUGUCUCGAGAUCAGGAGUGGGUCUGUGAUGCAGUCUGGCACUCUCUCUCGAUUCUCCGUCCUUGAGACCAUUCACAUAUGCGGAUGUCUGUCCACGAUUCUCCCUGGAACCUUCAAGGGGCUGUCCCAUGUGAAGAAACUCUAUCUGUUGUGUAUGGGACAGUGUUACAAUUCCUCACUUCUACCUAACACAUUCAGUGACCUGACUAAUCUUCAGGAAUUGUCCAUUCAGAACUACAGGAUUUCUGUGACGGCACUGGACGCAUUAGGAGGGAUCCCUCUUCUGAAGAAACUCACAGUCGAUAGUUGUACAGAGGAACUCUCUGAUUUGCUAUGUGGGAUAGUCAAUAUGUCACAGUCAUUGACAGCCCUGGACUUUACUUCAGAUGGGAUAGUCAUUUUAAGGCACCCAAACUGUUCGGACACCAACGGAGCUGUUCUUGAGCUUCCUUAUUUCUACCGUCUUCAAGAGGUGUUUCUUAACUUCCCUAAUGCCCACCGUUUAGAAAAAAGAGCAUUAAAAUGCUUUGAAAACAUUGAAUCUCUUUUUUUGCCUGACAAUGAUGCGCUACAGACACAGCUUCUGCAGUCUGGUAUCAGCAGGCUGCGUCAUUUUGUGUUCAACAAUAACAAUUCUUUUGAAUCCGUUUGUGAGACUGUAUUCAAACUAUCAAUCAGACAAGUUCAUAUAAGUGAUCAUAAAACUGAGAACUACUCAGAGUCUGCAAUAAGAAAUUGUCAGGGGAUCGAGGUGCUCAGACUCAGCAUCUGUCAUAGUGGUAAUGUUAGAGUCAACUUGAUCCAUUAUUUGAAGAAUCUCACUGAUGUGUCAGUGUUAAGAUACUGGGACGUUAAACCUGAGUGCAUUGAGCUUUGUGACACUCACACUCAGGGCCCAAUCACUUGGCUGAAGAGACUUUCCUUGACCCUACACAUGCCAAGUAUCACCUCAGAGCAGUUCAGUUGAAUGAAAAAUCUGGAAUAUCUGAAUCUAGAAUCCAGCAACAUUAACAAUAUUUCGGACUUUACAUUUAACGGACUUGGU